CCGGGACGUGUGCAUGGUGUCACUGCGAGAGUGAAAGACCAGCAGAAGGAAGAGGACGGUGUGUGUGUGUUCUGGUGUGGCGGCGUGGAGCUGAACAUUUUGCUAUGUUAGUGUGGAGACGCAUGGAAAUGAGAAGGGACGUUUGCAGCAGACUAUGGCUUUGUGAAAAGAACUUCACUAAAUCCACAGACAGACAACAAUCUCAGCUAACGUAAUUCAAGGCUCUGAUUCCCCUCAUCCCACUUCUGUGACUCAUUUACCUUUCACAUGAAUAUAAUUUCUACAUCUUUCUUCCUGUUAGAUGUGGUAAAGAUGCACUGGUCGUCUGAGUGGGCAGAGCAACAUUAUGACAUCACGUCCACCACCUCACCUCCUGCCCACCCUAAGCCAGUUUCAUACCCACAGCCCACUCAUCCCACUUUCUCUGGGUAUUCCGAUGACAUUGGCGCCCUCAGUGCCUCCACCCUGCUGAAGCGCUAUGCCGAAAGGUAUUCCUUCAGCCCGGUCUACCCAGAGCCUGGAGCCUUCCGGAGGACUGAUCCCACCCAGGAUGCCUGGUCUAUCGGCUAUAACCCAGAAGGGAUAGAUGGAAUAAAAGGUUCUUUAGCAAGUGCAAGUAAUCUUUCGGAGCAAUUCAGUAAUGGCACCAUAUCUCAGGAUUAUACCUCUACCUACAGCGGCUCACACUUGUACCCCCGACCCACUUACUUGCACCAGCCAGCUUUUGCUUUACCACCAACCUACCCACCUCCUGCACCAGUCUAUACCUAUCCCCCGGGUCUAACCACCCCUAGUUCUCCUUCCCUUUUAACACCUCUGAGCAGUGGCCUCCAAACUGCUCAUGGCGCUCAGGCUCUGAAACGACCCGAGGAGUUCCAAGAACAUAAGACUUUUGGAUUCGACCAAAACAAAAGCACCAGAUUGUCAUCCUAUACAGCCAGGGAAAACACAGAGCAGCCUAUCAGCAACGGCAUCCCAAGCAGUGGUACAGAUCUUCAGCCCUUCAGGCCAGACAGGCUUCCCUCGCAGCCAGACAUGAAGGUAGACCUGGUGAGGAAGAGUAGUUAUUUACAGUCAUCAGAGGCAGCGUCUUAUGGUGCUGAGCAGUACACCUACCCCUGAUUUGGCAAAAAUGUAGGUGACUCUGUGGAGCGUUCAUAAGCGCUUUUAUUUGUUGUAUACAUAUGUUCACUUUCCAUUUAAAAAAGAAUGAGAGAGCAGUGACAAGAGUGAUAGUUAAAUGGUUUUAAGUAGGGAUGCACCGAAAUGAAAAUUCUGGGCCGAAACCGAAAUUUUUGGAUGCACUUGGCCGAAAACCGAUACCGAAACCGAAAAUGCCUUCAUUAAAAAACAUGUUUAAAAUAUUUUCUUUUUGUUUGUAUUAAAAAAACUACAAAUUAAUUAAGCAAUCAAACUUUUAUUGAUAAUAAAUAACAGUAAUAAGGCUGUUUAACAAUAACAAAACUUGCUUCCAAGUGCUUCCAAACCGCCGACAUACUCCGUGUUUGAUGCGUAAUGACAGCGCGAACGAGACGGGAGGAUGGGAGAGGCGUGGCGACAAUUUCGGCUUUUAUUUUCUGCGCUUUCUUACGUUUCGGCCGAAACCGAUAAUGCUAUUUCGGCCGAAAAUUUUCGGCGGCAGAAAUUUCGAUGCAUCCCUAGUUUUAAGAUUAAUUCUGGGAAUUUUAAGUAUUUUAUGCUAAAUCACAAUUUAUGAUUCAGAGAUUACUACCAAAAAUCAGAGACGUUUAUACUUUAUUCCACCACACAGGACAGGUUUAUCUUGUACAUAGGUCUGCCAUAAUUUAAAUGUAUAUUGGUGUUUACAAACUGGCCUGAGAGAGCUUCCCUAGUUGUCCCACUGUAACAGGAUCAUGGCCACCCGAGGCUCACCUAUGCCCACGGUGACCAAAGGCCAGUCCGUAUGGUCCGAUCCCAAUGAUGCACAAAUCACUGAUCCAAAGUCAAGACUGGUUACAAUAGAAAAGCAGCAGAAAACCAAGUGCCCUACAACCCACCACUGCACUAGGGGCCUAGCAGGCAAAGGGACCAGGGGACCAAGGCCCCAUGCCAGCAUCCAAACUCCCAGUCAGCACAGCUAGGACUGCAGAACAUCUUCAGGACUUAUUAAAGCUCUACAAAUGUUCAAAAUCCAGACAUUUUUAGGACUCAUUUUAAGCCUUGUACCAAAAUAAUAUUUAGCGUGUCAUCAUUGGGUGUUUAAUCAUGUCUUCUAUUUGUGAAAACAGCCUAAGAAGCAAAUAAGGAGUCUGGAGUUUUAAAGGCCUGCUACAGAUGACCUAAAAGGCUAGUCUGCAUGCUCACUGGACUGAUGUGAAGGUGGGCUCAUUUCAGGAGCCAUUUUAAUUCCUGAUUCUUGCAUAGGAACGAUAAGCAUAGUGAACAUUAUUGAUUAUUGAUCAGCCUUUUUGUAUUGUGAUAAAGACUUAAAGGUUGCAGCCAGCAAGUGAUAACUGUUGAUGCAACAUGAAAGAAUGACUAAAGAACAACUAGGAUCUUGGAACAAAAGUUUUCUCAUACACUUUUGCCUUAAUCAUGUUACUCUCCCAUAGCAAGACCCCAAAGCAGUAACACCUCCAGGAGACUUCUGAACUCCUUAGUUCCUCAGAAGGCUCCCAAACCUUGUGGAAGCACAGCCUAUAUCCUUAGAGCUCUACAUUUCCUUUUCCUCUGAGUGACUAUUGUUCUCUAACCCCCGCUCUGUAAGUAAUCAGUCAGUGUAGUGGAGCAUAAGCCUCGGCAAGCACUAAUCCCCCGAACCAAUCGAUAAAUUCCAAUGGCAUGGAGGUUGAAGAUGGAGAGUUAAGGAGGGGAAAAUCUUCUUAGACAUUUUAAAGAUGAAGUAAAUGGUCUGGUAUUUAUACUCAGGAAAAAUACUCAGGAAUUUAGGAUAUUAAAAGUUUACAAGGUUUUUUUUUUGAAGAAUGUAAUGUUUUAUUAAUGGACACUACUUGUGACACAAACUCGCACAAAGAACUACAAGAAAUAUGCAAGUGGUGAACCUUCAGAAAAGAGAGGUUACUCUGCAAAUCAUGAAUGUCUCUACAGUAUCUCAUGGAAGAAGAUUAUUGUUAUUAUUAUUUACUUUUUCUGUUUCGUUAAUGAUAAAACAUAAGUUCAUGCUUAGCUGAGUAACAAAGGUUUAGCUAGUCUGUAUGUUUACAAUGAACACUUUACCAUUUAUUUACUGGUCAUUUUUGGCAUUGAAUCAGACACAAUUGUACUUAGAUAUUAUUAAUGUUGAAAAGUUAAUUGAAUCUGAUCAUGUUAAUCAUGGUGUUCUUUAUUACAUAAAACUAUUUUUUGGUCUUGUGCUGUUUUGUACUCCAUAGGAACACAAUGUUUUUGUGAUUAUAGAAAUCAGCAUAAAAUCUUUAUAUCUAUUUUGAACAAAAUUGAGAUUAAAUAGUUUUACAUAGACAAAUGUGUCAUAAAUGCUGCAUGUCCAAUCUUUAGUUGGAAAUAUUUGUGUUUCUAGUUUAAUACUUGUCAAAAAAUAAACUCUACCUCAUGCUUGUAUAAUGAUUUUUCUUUGACAUCCGGUGUGAUUGCAAGUGUAUUUUUGUUUGUUUUUAAUUCUGAAAAUCUUUAAGCGUUCCUGCAAAAUAAAA